UGGCUGCCAUGGACCAGCUGAACGCCGUGAAGCUGCAGCUGACAACCAUUAAGAAGCUUAUGGACACGAAGCCUGACGUGCAGGCGGUCGACGGUCCACCGGCGAAGCGGGCCCGUGUCGCCCUUGAGGAUUUCAAAUGUGACUUCGGCGCCAGCGAGGGCAAAGCGAACAAGUCUCUCAGCGGACAGCGCGUGCAUACCGAGAAAUGCUACAAUGCGGUAAUGGACAUUGAGGACGCGUGGCGCAACGUCCUCGCGGCUCGGCCCGGCGAGGAACGCUUCAGGAACAUCGAGGCCAUGGAGAUUGCCAUCACCGACGGCAAGGCCGUGUUCCGGGGGGUCGCGAAGGAGCUGGUCGUUGCAUACAACCACGGCUGGGAGGUCGUGCAUGAGAUGCGUGGCAUGGCGUACGCGGAGACGGAGGAGGAGCGCAAGGCGCUGAAGCAGGCCGUGAAGGCGGUGGCGGGCAAGAAGCCCAAGCAGGCCAAACCCGCGAGCGUGCCGGCCGAUGGCGGCGGCUGGUCAACAGCCUCCUGCCAACGUUGUUGA